CCAUCCUCCUCUUCAACACAACUCCCCUGACAUCUACGCCAGCCAUGAGAAACGACGCGGUGGCGGAAUCCAAGAAGCGGCCGGCCGCAGCGCUAACAAUCGACGCCGGAGAGCCGCCGGAGAAGAGAGUGGAGAGGCUGAUAGAAGAGAGCCCCGUGGUAAUAUUUAGCCGGAGCUCUUGCUGCAUGUGCCACGUCAUGAAGAGGCUGCUCGCCGCCGUUGGUGUCCACCCCACCGUCAUCGAGCUCGACGAGACUGAAGAUCCUGCAGCGGCUCCGGUCGCCAUGAUGCCGGCGAUGUUCAUCGGCGGGGAGCCCGUCGGUGGAAUUGAGGGGCUUAUGGCGCUGCAUCUUAGUGGGCGGCUUGUUCCUAGGCUUCGGGAGGUAGGGGCGCUUUGUGGGUGAUGUUGUAAUAAUGUUAAAGACUGAAGGGUGUAAAGAUAUGCUUGGCUUGGUAGUGGAGGUGGAGUUUGUAAAUAAAAUUAUAUGAUGAUGUAAAAGGAAAAAACGAAUAGUAUUACGUAAGACCACUAAAGUUGCAAGUUUUCUACGUUUCUUUCGGAUGAUUCUCAUCCGGUUCGCUAUAGUGGACCGUCCGGUUCGGCUUGUUCGGCUAAAUAUCAAGCAGUUCAAAUGAUUUUAUAUUUAUUUAUAAAAUUUUGCUUAUUUUGGAGGAA